AUGCUGGUUUCUUUUCUCGUUGACCCAUCUUCCAAUAAAGAAUUCCUGGUGGAGAUUUCUGGAACCACGGUGACAAUCACGUGUCCCUUGACUGAAGGCAGCAUAUCCUGGCAGUCACCUGGAACAAAUGGAGUCAGUGAUGCGCACAAGUACAUUAUAGAGAACCACGACAGCUCUCCCAUCAGCGUGAGUUGUUCAUCAAGUGCUAAGAAGUAUGAAAUGUACCUGCAUGCCAAAGUGUGCGCAAAGUGUGCGGAGCUGGAUGCCCUGACAGUGACAGGGAUCAUCAGUGCAGAUAUUCUCAUCACCUUUGGGGUGCUGACUCUUAUCUAUUACUUCAGCAAAGACAGGAAGGGGAGAGCGAGCACUAGUGCUGGUGGUCGGCCACGAGGUCAGAAGAUGCAGCGUCCUCCCCCUGUUCCAAACCCAGACUAUGAGCCCAUCCGGAAAGGCCAGCGGGAAGUGUAUGCAGGCCUGGAAUCCAGGGGCUUCUGA